AACGUAGAGCUUUUGCCACACACUUAUGGCGGCAGUCGUGCUGUCUUUGGUACUGACAGCAGCUUUGUUCAUCUGGCCUCUAUCUUUGCCAUCUGCUCACGAAAACUAUUUGGACAACAGCUGCUACUCUGGGGUAUCAUGCUCUGACACCUGUUUAAACUAUUCUCACGGCGAGAAAUGCAACAGCAAGCACACGUUGUGUCCAUGUGGAGUAAGAGAAUGUCGCAGGUACAACGGGACUUGUCUCUACACCUGCGUUGACCACACCGUGACGGUGGUAAGCGGCUCCAACAAUACCUGCAAUGCAACUUGCAUAGGUGCGUGUUUCUCUGGAUCUGAGUGUGAAGGCAAUGUGUGCGAAGAAUGCAUACCUGGGUACUAUGGUAUGAACUGCUCUCUCAAAUGUGAUUCUUUGUGUGCACAGGAUUGUGAAAAACAUUCAGGGUACUGUGAUGAAUGUAUACAAGGCGUCUACGGCAGGGAAUGUAGAACGCGCUGUCCUGAACACUGCCUCAGUAAAAACUGCACGAGGGAGAAUGGUGAAUGCGAAAAAUGCCAGCCAGGCUUCAUUGGAGGGAAGUGCAGUAUAAGGUGCAGUGAGGGGUAUUUUGGCGACCAGUGCCAAAGCACCUGUGCCCAGAGUUGUAAACAUAGCAAAUGUAAUCACGUGACAGGCAGGUGUCUACAAGGAUGUAUUCCUGGUUAUUUCGGGAAAUUCUGCGACUUAGCGUGUCCAAACGGGACAUACGGUGCAGAGUGCCUCUCCCAGUGCCCCGCCACCUGCCUGCCAGGAACACCGUGCCACCACGAGAACGGCGAGUGUAUCCAGGGCUGCACGGCUGGGUACAGCGGCGAGGUCUGUGACACAGUCUGCUCGGAGGGACACUACGGGGAAAGUUGCUUGCAAAACUGCAGCGACUUUUGCUUCCUGCGUCUGUGUAACCCUUUCUCCGGACGAUGUACUGCCUGUGUGAGAGGUCGGUCCGGUCCUCUGUGUGACACAAUAGCCGAACAACAAACGUACCCCUACCAGUCUCUGAUCCACCCAGAAAUGACGCCAAAUAUGGUUCUCGGUGUGGUGUUCAGUCUGCUUGGCCUUGGGAUGACGUUAUGGUGUAUCACAGGAGCCUCGGCCUACUUCCGGAACAUGCUCUCUCUGGAAAAGGUGUACAAGACAGGAAAGUUGCCCAGACGCUGGCGAAAGACCCCGCACAUUCGAGGAAAGUUUGUCGUGACGUCACAGCAUAGACGCGUGAGACCUGUGAGAAGAUCGACUAGAUUGUCCGAAAACUGGAUUUGGAAGUUAGCAAAACAAGAGAACUUUACUGACAAACUGAAACUUAACUUUCCCAAACGCUCUUUCCGGCCGAAAAAAUCGAGACGCCGAGUGGUAGAAAUAUCUAACGAAGAAAGUACCACCGACGACAGGGCCAGACUUUCAGAAUUUCCCAGCAAGUUGGACUUUUCACCGGAUGUAGGAGUCCAGAACGUGUUCAAUCGACCCUGCGAUUUGACGUUAGAAUCUGAACUGGCGAAAAUGGAAAAGGGCAGCAUCAUUGGGGAUUCAGAAAUUAACACAACAAGCGAUUCAGAAAAUGAUUCUGUUGAAAAUACCGAAGACAUUGGAUUCGGCACCAUCUCAGAAGCAACGUUCGUUCCAUCCAAACAAGAUGAAUCGAAAACUUUGCAAUCUGACAGAACUCGUAUUUCAUAUACUUCAUCCGGCACUGGAAAAGCUCAGAGUACCAACGUGUAUUCCACUGAGUAUUCCAGUGACCGCACCUCUAGAUUCUCAACACGACUCAAACUCAGGCGGCCCACGAGCAGAGUUCACUCGCAGCGGACGAGCCAGCGAAGUCGGCGCACUGCUUCCAGCGUAAGCUCUCUCGCCGAAACAGAAGAUGAAUCUACUGAGCCAUCGGAAGACAUCGAAGAGACGACUUCUACAAAUUACUCUGACACAGGUUCCUCCACCACCCGUCUCACUAAUCAGAAUGAGGCGCCAUCAUGGCAACUGGACACAGAAAGCGGCUCUUUUCAGCAGAGACAAGAAACACAAGUAGAGAUAGGCACACAACAAAGAGACUGGACGGAAAAGAAGAACGAUCCAGUAAAAGUGGCAAUCACAAAGACAGUACGCAUACAUACACCUGAAUCAAGAACAUUGCCUGCCCGCAAAAAUAGAACCGGCUAUAACAACGUAGUUUCUCACACUAGGACAAGGCUUGAUGCGGACACUACAACUGAUCCCUCACCUGUGCCCUUCCCUGUGACAGACGAAGUGGGGUACGGAGAAACAAGUCGACCAACAAUAAUCGAAAGAGGGUUAAAGAACAUGGCUAGUAUAUUUGAUCGCUUUAGACGAGGCUUCACCACGAGGCAAUCUGCGGGGACUUCCGAAGCUCCGUUACAUCCAACAGUCACGCCCCAGCUGCCAUCGACUAACAGAACAACAAGUAACCAAUUCCUGCUGACCAGGAUAGACGAAUGGUGGAAGACACACCGGCCUGGGCAAGUCCACAGAGGUCCGCCGAUUGGUGUUGCGGGCUUCAUCAGUGAGGAGACGACGGUCUCAAUGAAUGAAUAACAUAAGAGAUCAGUCAGAAUCAAAUAUGUAGAAAUUACAAGUAAAGAAACAAACAAAAUUAAACAAAGGAGGCACAAAUAAAUGUUUAUUGUCAAGAAAUAAAAAAGAAUCGAG